CAGCUUCAUGUGCACUCGUGAACGCGCGAUAUUAAAACAAAUCGAAAGUCAGGUGAUAAAUCCAUAAUACUCACUUCUCAUCUGCUCAGCGCCGUUUUUUGAAGGAUCAACACGCAGAAAGAAUUUCUGACGGAACGUACCAUUAACACGCAAAGAGCCCUGAGUACGCGCCCAAAACCUGCGGACAACCCAAGCACUAGAGAAAGAGACAUGGCAGAUUCAGAUGAGCACAUAAAACGUCCCAUGAACGCCUUCAUGGUUUGGUCAAGGACUGAACGCCGCAAACUUGCUCUCAAGUAUCCAAACAUGCUGAAUUGUGAAAUCAGCAAACUACUCGGUGCCGAGUGGAGUCGCUUAAGCGACGAAGAGAAGAAGCCUUUCGUAAUGGAAGCCAAGCGUUUGCGCUCAAUUCACAGCCAGAAGUAUCCAGAUUACUCUUACAAACCGCGUCGGAAGAAGAACAAAAAUGCCCGCAGCAAAGACACCUAUGCUACGUUUGGUUACAGCUCCAACUUCGAUGUCCUCUCGCCAAGCUACAGCUACCCAAUGCAUCAUUACCUCAGUCCCCAUGUCCCCCCUUACAGUGAAGCCUUCAUGAUGCCGUUGGUAAGUGCACCCACAGCAACCGUAGCUAAACGCCCAUACGUUCCAAGUGGAUACUCUCUACCAAGCCAGGAUCCCCACAUUUCACCCAGUGAGUAUCCACAUCACAGCCACGUUCCAGUCGCGCUUGUUUCUCCAAGUUCAAGUUAUCAAGCUCACACCAUGUCUGAACGAGCUCAAGAAAAAGCACCCUUAUUUUCUCCGUUCCAAAGCCCGUAUUAUAAGUCUUACUAUGGCCACGGGCAAUGCCCCAUGGUCUCGCAAAGCCAAUUAGGAACUAAUAUUCCUCGCUAGAAGAAAUCAGCCAUGUUAGUGAAAACGCACUGCAAAUUUGUGCAUUUCAAACACGACAAAAACAUGUUUCCUGACAUUUGUUUUGUAUAUGACUUUUGAUAUCGAAGGUAAUAUUGAAAUAUUACAAACUCUGUGUAUAAAUUUAUUUCUCUGCACGUCAAACCAUAUACUCAAAAAGUGUAAAGUACGUUGUUGCAAGCAAUUCUUCCAGAGGAGAAAAGAUUAAUGAAUAAAGAGGUUGUUUUA